AUGGGCACAGCAUGGAUGUUUCUGUUGUCUCAAAUCCUUGUGCUUGCCGCAUACUCUUUAUCGGACUCAUAUUCCACCCCAGCGGCCGGAAGUACACAAGAAAGAAUCAUAUAUGACUUUGGUAAAGGUAUAUGGCCCGAGAACAUAAUACUACGACAUAAUGGCAAUGUCCUUGGUGGGCUCCUGUCAACUCCACAAAUAUUUGAAAUCGAUCCUAUAACCCAUGAAUGCAAGAUUACGCACACCUUUGAAGACAAAACUGGUGUGUUUGGGUUUGCGGAGACAGAACCGGAUUUGUUCUAUGCAGUUGCUAGCAACUUUUCGCUCGGGACUUUUGAAGGUGUCGAGGGCAGUGCCGAUCUCUACGAGUUGGAUUUCCGUUCUCUUUCCCAAGACCCGAAGAUUCGCAAAGUUAUGGAUUUCCCGGCGGCCGGUUGGUUCAACGGUCUGGCGACACUCGACGGUGAAAAGGGGCUGUAA